UUCUUCUCAUCUCACCCAAAAAAAAAAAAAAAAAAAACAACGUCGCAGCCCUCCCUUCCCUUCCCUUCCCUUCCUCGCGUCGCGUCCUCCUCUUCCCGAUUUCCCCAGCAUUGAUUUCUCACCCUCCCCACCCAGCCGCCCGCCCCCAACCAUCCCCAAAUCUCUCUAGCAGCAAAGGGAGGUCCGGAACCUUCUCGCCCGGCCUAGGGUUUGGGUUGGCGCCGGGCAUGGCGUACGUGGACCACGCCUUCUCCAUCUCCGACGAGGACGACCUCGUAGGCGGCGCCAUCGGGGGCCCGCGCGGGGCGCCUGUCAAGGAGAUCGCCUUCGCCGCCGCGCUGCUCGCGUUCGGGGCGCUCGGCGCCAUCGGUGGCCUGCUAAUGGCCGUCAACCGCGUCGGAGGGGACCGCGCGCACGGAAUUUUCUUCAUGAUGUUGGGCAUUGUAAUGUUCAUCCCUGGGUUCUACUACACAAGAAUCGCCUACUAUGCUUACAAAGGUUACAAGGGUUUCUCGUUUUCGAACAUCCCACCGAUCUGAAGGGGUGUGCUGUCUGCUGGGUUAUGAAGUGGUGUCGCUGGUUAAUUGAGUUCAUCGACUCUGUCGAAUAGCUCUGUAGACACCCUUGUUCCACAUCUUUCUGUGUCCAUUCUCUUUGAACACCGUAGAAUGAGCUGGUGGAUGUGUACAGAUAAAUCCAGCCGUAGUUGUGCUCCAUUGCGGUUUGGCCGAUUGGAAGGUUGUUUGUUGUGUUAGUGUGAACAUGUUCAACUGAUAUACAUUGCUACUUGUGAAUUACUGUCGCUUUUGCCAGGGACCUUAAAUCAUUCUAUAAGAAUAAGAUCUCGUCGUUCCAACUGUGAAGA